AUGGCUGCUACACUGAAAGCCAACAGUUCUACAACUGGUAAAGCUGGAAUCCCAGCUGAAAUUCCAACAAUUGCUCAUCCGCUGGCAGAUGAGCCAGCAGAGAUUGCGUCCAAUAUUAAUUACCAUGCUCAAUACAGUCCCCAUUUUUCCCCUUUCAAGUUUGAGCCAGAGCAAGCAUACUAUGCAACUGCAGAGAGUGUCCGUGAUCAAUUGAUAAAACAAUGGAAUGAAACUUAUCUUCAUUAUCACAAAGUCAACCCAAAGCAAACAUACUACCUAUCGAUGGAGUAUCUUCAAGGACGAGCACUGAGUAAUGCUGUUGGAAAUCUUGACAUUCAAAAUGCAUAUGCUAAUGCUUUGAAGCAACUGGGUCAUGAACUUGAGAAUAUUGUAGAGCAGGAGAAAGAUGCAGCUCUUGGAAAUGGUGGUUUAGGAAGGCUGGCUUCAUGUUUUCUAGACUCAAUGGCAACGUUGAAUUUGCCUGCAUGGGGCUAUGGUUUGAGAUACAGAUAUGGGCUGUUCAAGCAACUGAUCACCAAAGCAGGCCAAGAGGAAAUUGCAGAAGACUGGUUGGAGAAGUUCAGUCCCUGGGAAGUUGUCAGGCAUGAUAUUGUCUUUCCAAUAAGAUUCUUUGGUCAUGUUGAGGUUCUGCCCAAUGGCUCCCGAAAAUGGGUCGGUGGUGAGAUCUUACAAGCUGUUGCAUAUGAUGUGCCAAUUCCUGGAUACAAAACCAAGAACACUAACAGUCUUCGUCUCUGGGAUGCCAAAGCUACUGCCGAGGACUUUGACUUAUUUCAAUUUAAUGAUGGACAGUACGAAUCUGCUGCACAUCUUCAUUCCAGCGCUCAGCAGAUUUGUGCUGUUCUAUAUCCUGGGGAUGCUACAGAAAAUGGAAAACUUUUACGACUGAAGCAGCAGUUUUUCCUAUGUAGUGCAUCACUUCAGGACAUUAUUUCCAGAUUUAAGGAGAGGAACAAUGGAAAUAAUGAGAUUCGGUGGUCUGAAUUCCCCACUAAAGUCGCAGUACAACUGAAUGACACACAUCCUACACUUGCAAUUCCCGAGUUGAUGCGUUUGCUAUUGGAUGUUGAAGGACUUGGAUGGGAUGAAGCUUGGGAUAUCACCACAAGGACAAUUGCUUAUACCAAUCAUACAGUCCUUCCUGAAGCGCUGGAAAAAUGGUCACAAGCAGUCAUGUGGAAACUCCUUCCUCGCCAUAUGGAAAUCAUUGAAGAAAUUGACAAGAGGUUCAUUGCAAUGAUCCAGUCAACAAGACCUGACCUUGAGAAUCAACUUGCUGGCAUGCGCAUUUUGGAUCACAAUCCACAGAAGGCAAUUGUGCGCAUGGCCAACUUAUGUGUGGUGUCUUCACACACAGUGAAUGGUGUUGCUCAACUGCAUAGUGAUAUCUUAAAGGCUGAGUUAUUUGCUGAUUAUGUUUCUAUCUGGCCUACUAAAUUUCAGAACAAGACGAAUGGGAUAACUCCUCGUCGAUGGAUCAGGUUUUGCAAUCCUGAGCUCAGUCAUAUAAUCACCAAAUGGUUGAAGACAGAUCAAUGGGUGACUCAUCUGGACCUACUUGUAAAUCUACGGCAAUUUUCUGACAAUCCAGACUUGCAUGCUGAGUGGGAAUCAGCUAAGUUGGCCAGCAAAAGGCGGUUAGCGCAAUACAUACUGCAUGUGACUGGUGAGAGCAUUGACCCAAACAGUCUCUUUGAUAUACAAGUUAAACGCAUCCAUGAAUACAAGAGGCAGCUGCUAAAUAUUUUGGGAGCAAUCUAUAGGUACAAGAAAUUGAAGGAGAUGAGCCCCGAGCAACGCAAAAAUACAACACCACGCACCAUCAUGUUUGGAGGAAAAGCUUUUGCAACGUACACUAAUGCUAAAAGAAUAGUUAAGCUUGUAAAUGAUGUUGGUGCUGUUGUCAACACUGAUCCGGAGGUUAAUAACUUUUUGAAGGUAGUUUUUGUUCCCAAUUAUAAUGUAUCUGUAGCGGAGGUGCUUAUUCCCGGAAGUGAGUUGUCACAGCACAUCAGUACAGCAGGAAUGGAAGCAAGUGGCACAAGCAAUAUGAAAUUUGCACUCAAUGGAUGCCUCAUUAUAGGAACACUUGAUGGGGCUAAUGUGGAAAUUAGAGAAGAAAUUGGAGAAGAUAAUUUCUUUCUUUUUGGUGCCACUGCAGAUGAAGUUCCACGCCUUCGUAAAGAAAGAGAGAAAGGAAUGUUCAAACCCGAUCCGCGUUUCGAAGAGGCCAAAAAAUUUGUCAGAUCUGGAGCAUUUGGAACCUACGAUUACAAUCCACUCCUUGACUCACUUGAGGGCGACUCUGGAUAUGGUCGUGGUGAUUAUUUUCUUGUUGGGCACGACUUUCCGAGCUACAUGGAAGCUCAGGCAAGGGUGGAUGAAGCUUACAAGGACAGAAAACGAUGGAUUAAAAUGUCUAUCCUAAGUACUGCUGGCAGUGGAAAAUUUAGCAGUGAUCGGACAAUUUCUCAGUAUGCAAGUGAAAUAUGGAAGAUAGAGGAAUGCCGUGUAGGAAAAGUCUGA